AUGAACUCAGUGGCAAGCGCAAGUGAAGUUGUUGGUAAAGAACAACAGCAAGAACAGAAUCUGACUCUUUAUGGAUAUUGGAGAAGUUCAUGUUCCUUCCGGGUCCGUAUUGCUCUCAACCUCAAAGGUCUCAAAUAUGAUUACAAAUCAAUUAAUCUCUUGAAAGGAGAACAGUCUCAUCCUGAGUUUCUCCAGCUUAACCCUGUGGGUUUUGUUCCCGUUCUCGUCGAUGGCGAUUCUGUCAUUUUCGACUCUUUCGCCAUUAUUAUGUAUUUGGAGGACAAGUAUCCUCAACAUCCUUUCCUCCCUACUGAUAUUCGCAAACGAGCAAUCAAUUUCCAGGCUGUUAGUAUUGUUUCUUCAUCAAUUCAACCUCUUCAUAACUUAAACCUUCUGAAGUACAUCGAGAUUAAUGUUGGCCCCGAUGAAAAACUUCCGUGGGUCCAGAGCGUAAUUAGAAAAGGCUUCACAGCACUUGAAAAGCUAUUGAAAGAAUUCACUGGGAGGUAUGCUACUGGAGACCAAGUUUCUAUGGCGGAUAUAUUUUUAGCACCUCAGAUACAUGCUGCAACUAAUAAAUUCAACAUUGACAUGAAUGAGUUCCCUAUUCUCUCAAGAUUACAUGAGACAUAUUAUGAUAUCCCAGCAUUCAGGGAGGCUUUGCCAGAGAAUCAGCCAGAUGCUGUAGGCUAG